GACAGUUAGAACGACAAAUGCGUAAGAAGAAAGAACAAAAAUAAUUAGGAGCAAAUGUAACCAAGAAAGGAAGAAGAAGAAGAAAAAGUUUUUGAACUUCGUUGAAUGAAUUACAGUUCGAAGCUUUCAUCCAUGGCCAAGAGACGGCACCUGAUGCCUUCCCUUUUCUUCCUCCUCCUCAUCUUCCUUACAGUUCUUGGAGUGAUCGUUCCAGUCUUUGCUCUUCUUCCUUCAUUACAUUCUCACUCCCAUCCUCUCUUCCGCCAUCACCAUCAUCGUUCCAACUUCAACAAGGUUCAUACUAGAAAGUUUGAGAUUGAUGAUGACAUGUUCUGGAAAGAUGGUAAACCAUUCCAGAUUAUUGGUGGUGACCUGCAUUAUUUCAGAACUCUUCCUGAGUACUGGGAAGAUAGACUGCUUAGAGCAAAGGCAUUGGGAUUAAACACGAUCCAAACUUACAUUCCCUGGAAUCUGCAUGAACCAAAACCUGGAAAUUUCACAUUUAAUGGGAUUGCAAACAUAGUGUCGUUUAUCCAACUCUGUCAGAAGCUAGAUUUUCUAGUUUUGCUCCGGCCAGGGCCUUAUAUAUGUGCAGAGUGGGACCUUGGGGGUUUUCCUGCUUGGUUGCUUAGCAAAAUGCCAGCUUCUAGGCUAAGAUCCUCGGAUCCUGGUUACCUCCAAUGGGUUGAAAGAUGGUGGGGGAUUAUUCUUCCGAAAGUAGCUCCCCUUCUUUACAAUAAUGGAGGCCCUAUAAUAAUGGUCCAGAUUGAAAAUGAAUUUGGCUCAUAUGGAGACGAUCAAGCUUACCUUCACCAUUUGGUUGCGUUGGCAAGAGGUUACCUUGGGGAUGAAAUAAUAUUGUAUACUACGGAUGGAGGUACUAGGGAAACUCUUGAGAAAGGAACCAUUCGUGGCAAUGCUGUGUUCUCGGCUGUUGACUUUUCAACCGGUGAAAGACCUUGGCCUAUUUUUAAUUUACAGAAGGAGUUCAACCCCCCUGGAAAGUCUCCACCUCUUACUGCAGAGUUCUACACGGGCUGGCUUACACAUUGGGGAGAAAAUAUUGCAACAACUGAUGCCAACUCUACGGCAGCUGCCUUGAAUGAAAUUUUGGCAGGGAAAGGGUCUGCUGUGCUUUAUAUGGCUCAUGGUGGAACAAAUUUUGGAUUCUAUAAUGGAGCGAAUACUGGUAAUGAUGUAUUGGAUUACAAGCCUGAUCUUACUUCGUAUGAUUAUGAUGCACCAAUUAAGGAAUCUGGUGACGUUGACAAUGCUAAAUAUGAAGCAAUUCGAAGGGUUAUACAGCACUACAGCGGAGCGCUGAUUCCUUCCGUUCCUUCUAACAAUGAAAAGAUAGGUUAUGGACCAAUUCAGUUGCAGAAAGUUGCAUUUUUGUUUGAUCUAAUCCAUAUGAUGGAUCCAGUUGAUGUGGCUGUAUCUGAAGAACCACUAUCAAUGGAAUCUAUGGAUCAGAGCUUUGGAUUUCUGUUAUAUACGACCGAAUAUGUGGCCAAGGAUAAUGAAGAUGGACACGUUUUAUUUAUACCAGAGGUGCAUGAUCGAGCACAAGUGUUCCUCUCUUGCUCUUCUAAAAACAAGGGUGUGCGGCCAACUUCGGUCGGCAUUAUUGAAAGAUGGUCAAACCGGCGUCUUAAUCUGCCAAAUACGAGAUGUGACUCAAAUACUUUAUACAUUUUGGUUGAAAACAUGGGUCGCAUAAACUAUGGACGUUACUUAUUUGACAGGAAGGGUAUCUUAUCAUCUGUUUACUUGGACAACAAUGUUCUACAUGGAUGGAAAAUGAUCCCAUUGCCUUUCAACAACCUGAAUGAAAUUCCAAGAGUCGAUUUCUUCUCUCAGAUUGCACAUUCUAGACUCAACAAAAUCAUAGCAAAGAGAGGUUUAGAAGCCAAGUUUGGUAACAUCUCGGGCGAACCGAUACUAUACAGUGGUUACUUUUAUGUCGACAAAGCGAACCUCAGAAAAGAUACAUACUUGUCAUUUGGUGGCUGGACUAAAGGGAUUGCAUUCAUUAACGAAUUUAAUCUUGGAAGAUUUUGGCCGGUUGUAGGGCCACAAUGCAACCUAUAUGUUCCUGCUCCAAUUCUUCGGCUCGGGAAGAAUGUACUGGUCAUACUUGAGUUAGAAUCUCCAAAUCGUGAUACUGUCGUACAUUCUGUUGAUCGGCCAGACUUCACUUGUGGUUCUUCCAAGUCCAACUUAUCUCAGCAGCUUUUAAGCCACCAACAUUCUGUGGGCCUUUGAAUUUGAUAUGAAGGCACAACCUUAAAUCAGCCAUCUAAACUGAGUGAAAUGAGUGAUGAAUACCUUAUGAUUUGUUUGUAAUGGGGAUUAUAUCAAGUUCAAGAGCAAGUUGUUUUUCAUAUUCAAAAGGUAAAAACUUUUUACGGUUAUUGAGGAAUCCAGGAAGGCUGAAAACUAUCUUCUUGAAGAAUUUAUAACCUUGAAUUCUGAAAUUUAGGGUCUUUUUUUAAAAGAAAACUUCAGGUGAUGAAGAAACAAAAAUAGCGCAUGAAACAGAGAACUCCCAGACGACAGUAGACUAUUUUAGGAGUUCUUGACAAGCGUUUUUGAAGAUGAAGUGUAUGGAUGAGUUUCAUCA